AUCAGUGCCUCAAGUUGUUAAUCAUAAAAAAUUAUUGUUACAAUUUCAUUGAAUUGAUUCGUUUGAGAAUCAAGAGAACAUUUUCUUUUCAUUUUUCGCAAUUCGCCAUGGAUGCUCACCACGCAUCGUUAGGUCGACGAACGCUGGAAGAGAUUCGGCAAAAAAGAGCGGCCGAGAGAUUGAGCAAAGUUUCUUCUGGACCAGAUCUGAGUACAGCCUCCAAAUCAAAUGAAGUCUCUGGUAUUAGAAAAUCAGAGAGCGGAAGUCGAAUCUCAGAGAUCGAUGUGGGUAGUUUAGUAUCUCAGAUACAAGAUAUGCAGAAGAAGAAUGCAGAAUUAGAAGAACAAAGGACUGUCAUAAGCUCAAAGCUUCAAUCCAAGGAGGCUGAGAAUGGCAUGCUUCAAAAGCGAUUGAAUGAACUGGAGACGAGCACUGUCCCUUCCUUAAGGAAAGCUCUGAAAGAUGUAGCCAUGGAGAAAGACGCAGCUGUUGUUGCCCGGGAGGAUCUGUUGGCCCAGCUUCGCACUGUACGGAAACAACUGAAGGAAGCAGAGGAGGAACAAUAUCGAGCGGAAGAAGAUGCUGCAGCCUUGAGAGCCGAAUUAAACUCAGUACAACAACAAGCAAUGAGUGGCUCUUUUGCUGGAACCACACCAACUGCUAAUCCUUUUGAUCGGAUGCAGGAUUUAGAAAAGGAAAUAACUAAACUAAAUUCUGAGUUGCAGAAAAUGUCAAUCUUGAGGCAGCAAGAUCUUCAAAAAUUAUCGGAGGAGCAAUCUCGUAUUUCAACCCUGCUUUCUGAAAAGCAGGAACUUGAAGAAAAGCUUGCAAGUACGUCCAGAAAGGCCUCAGAGAUCUCAGAGAAGGCCGUGGAGAAGACAUUCUCAGUUGAAGAGAAGAACAAGCUUGAGAAGCAGUUGCAUGACAUGGCUGUUGUGAUCGAGAGGUUGGAGAGUAGUAGGCAGAAGCUUCUGAUGGAAAUUGAUUCGCAAUCUUCUGAAAUAGAGAGGCUUUUUGAGGAAAAUUCUACUCUAUCCAACUCUUACCAUGAGGCUGUGGGCAUAGGAGCACACUGGGAGAAUCAGGUGAAAGACUGUCUAAAACAAAAUGAAGCACUCCGCAGAGUUCUAGACGAGUUGAGAACAGAACAAGCAAGGAGUCUGCCGAUGUCAUAUAGAGAUGGGGCAGUUGAGACCCAGAGUCCUCCAUUAGCAGCUGAACUUCUCUCUCUCAAGGGUCAACUUGCAAAAGAACAGAGCAGAGCAGAGUCACUAUCAGCAGAAGUAUUGGAGCUAUCAACGAGACUCCAGCAGGCUACACAAGCAUACAACGGGCUUACACGCCUCUAUAAGCCGGUACUGCGGAAUAUUGAAAGCAGUCUUUUAAAAUGAAGCAAGAUGGAUCUGUUGUUGUACGCUGAAUACACCUGUAUGCUCUUGGAAAUUUGCAUAGAAACUCUUUGGUAAAAACCAGGGUGUCUGAAGUUGAACAAGCAUAGCGUGGAAGAGGUUCGAUGUAAGGAUUAUCAUAUACCACACAUUGUUUCAUUUUGUAAGAAAAUUUAUACCCACACCAACCAACAGGCCCUUUUGGGAAUGUCCUUUUCAGCUUUUUGGUAGAUUCCAAACCAAAGCUAUAGUACAAUCAUAUUCAUUUUGUUUAUUGAAGUCAAUAGAUCAUUCUUUUAACGAUUUACAUGUUCUAUUCCAUGAGAUUUUUUGCUUUUAA